CAAGUUGCAAGCAAUCCGUUGGGGUGGAUGGACGCGUUCGUUAGUCCUGAUUCUUCUUCUCUUUCUCGUCCUGUUUCCAUCCAUCGGAGAAGGGGCCAAGUUCUAGUCGGAUUAGUAGUUUAGGGCCCUUCAGAAGCAAUUAUGCAGACCAAUCUCGACAGGGAAAAUAAUACCCAGACGAGCAUUGCCCCAAAGAAUCACUCGUAAGAUCAUCCAUCCAAAGGUGCAGAAGCCCCGUUGGAUUCUUCAUUCAUCAUGGAGCUAAAUAAUGUUGAUUCACCCGUUCAAGUAAGAAUAAAUCAACCAGAGGAGGAAGACAGACUCAGCGCGCUGACUGAUGAUAUUUUGCUGUCUAUCAUAACCAGAAUCGACCUAAUUACAGCUGCAAGGACAAGUGUGCUCUCAACACGAUGGAGACUUCUCCCUUGGUUGCUGCCUGAGCUCAACAUUGAUGUCAAGGAUUUCCUGCCUGUUCCUCACCCGGACCCAAUCGAUGCAAAUGACAUGCAUGACGCGAUGGUGACCCUAACCAAAGCAGUCAGGAGCUUCUUUGAUAAGCCUCGGAGAGAAUCAACCCUCACAAACCUGCAGCUCAAGAUCUACUCGAUCAACACCUUCUCAAGCGACAUCGGCCCGCUAGUGUGCGGCGCGAUUGACAGCGGCUUACUGAAAGAUUUGGACCUUGCGAUCCUCGAUGAGACGAAGCCGCGCGACUGUGAUGAUCCUCAUAUGCUACGGCUUGCCAACGACACGGAUCAUUUCUUCAAUGCCUACCCUAGUGUGUUCCAUUGCCUCACAAGGCUUUCUCUCCACAAUGUGUGCUUUUACAAGUUGGACAUGCACCAUCUCCUGUUUGACCGUUGCACACAAUUGAAGUAUCUAAGACUCUUUCAUUGUGACGCUGGUCGUGGCUUUCUGUCGAAGAUAGAUGCACCAAACUCAGAACUCCGUGUUCUGGACCUCGACACGUGUUGCUUUGGGAGGCUUGAGCUGGUCUGCCUUCCGAAACUGGAGAAACUUCAUUGGGAUACUUGGGAAUCUGAAGACGCGCCCUUGUCUUUUGAUUCUGUUCCCUCUCUCCGCGAAUUACACCUUGCAAAUGGGCCCGAACUUCAUCAGAAUGUGAUUAAAUUAAAUGAACUUCUACGUGGCACCAUGGGCAUACAUACUCUAACACUGGAUUUUAUGGGAGAAAAUGUAAGUGCUAGUUGAAGUUUUCUAUUCGCCAUGUUUUCACAGUUAUCCUAGUGACAUCGUAGAUCUGUUUCUUUGUAUAGGUAAUGACAUGGCUGUGUUUGGUAAUUCCCAUUCUGCAUGUGUGUGUGUGUGUUUGAGUUUUCUGUACGAGUAAUUUCGUGGAACUACAAACCUAUCGGGCAGAAACUAUUAUGAAAACAAAACCUUUGGUAUAAGCUUUUGGACAACUACGCAUAGGUUGGCAAAUGCGUAGAAAGCUACAUUUUAA